AUGGCCGCUGAGGCUACUGAAAAACCGCACCCACUGAAGGACCGUUGGUUCGUGUCUUACUUUCCUGUUGUUAAGCAGAAAAAGUUCAGCAAAGAUUCGGAGGAGCAGAAAGGUGUAGAGUUGGACUGGGUCUCGACAGCAGAGGAGCUGCACGCUACAAUAAAUGCUUUUUCCCCACUCACAUUGCUGCCUCCUGAUGAUAAUCUUGUCUUUGCACGCGAGAAGGUGGAACCAUUCUUCGAAAACUUCCCCAAUGGCAUGCGUGUCAGCGUCUUCACUCGCACGAAAGUUCAAGCUACUCAGGCUGUACCGCUCGUGUUAGCGGCUGUCAUGGGCGAGCACCUUCGCACGGUGACGGAUGGCCCUUCCCACGCGGAUGUGGUUCGCAUUGCCCAUAAGCCCGGCACGGUGUAUCCCGAAUCCCUGCGUGUGGAGGUAUGGUUACGGGACCGUAGCAAAGUAGAUGCGGUAACAAAAUACUUCAGCGAGAUGCUCGCACCGCACCCAGGUAUUCGUGUGGCCGGUCGUCCCAUAAAUGCGGAAGGGGAGGAGGCGAAGUAG